AUGAACAAACAAACCUCUCCCAUGUUUUUUUUGGUUACUCUGAUCUUCAUCUUUUUAUUCUGUUCAUCAGCCAAUGCCUUGCCAAAGGGGAUCGAAAAGAGGUCACCAUGCGAACAGAUAACCCGUUACUGCACACUUAACCCUCAACAAGGUAAUCCAAACCAACAAGUUGAAGGUGAAAUUCAUUUCCAGCAACAGGUCGAUUGCUCUGUGAUUGUCCAAGGACAGUUUAAUACAGUUCAUUACCCCGAUGCGACUGGAUACGAUACUCUUUUUGAAAAUUACGAUUUCCAUAUUACCUUAGCUUCUGAUGCUGCAGAACCUUCCAAAGUCGAUCUGGAAAAUUAUAUCACUACAGCUACUAAACCACCAAAAAUUAAUGAGCCUUAUUUCAACUCAUUUCCUAAAGGCCUUUUUCCAGUCGAUUUUUUUACGCUCAUAAAGUACCAUUGUGUAGUGGCGUACGACGAUUGUAAUAAUUUCGGUUCAGGAAGCGAGGAUGUGAUUCUUGGAUCUGCCCCGAUCUUAGCGGCCUAG